AUGAUUAUCGGGUCUUUCAAUAUCAGAGGGGUAUGCAGCUUCAUAAAGAGAAGAAGGAUUCAUCAAAUUAUUAGUAAUGGGAAGGCAGAUGUGUUUCUCAUCCAGGAAACAAAACUGAAAUCAUGCACUGACUCUACUGCGAAGAGUUUCUGGCGCGAUGUCGGCAUCGAUUACUCUGUGUCUGAUUCUGUAGGUGGAGAUUUCAAUUCUGUUAAAAAUGGAGGGGAAAGGAAGUGUAUGUCAGUGGUGGGCAAUCAAGUAGAGUGGGAUGAAUUCACAGGAUUCAUUAAUGCUAUAGGGUUGGAAGAUGUGCCUUGUAAAGGUAAGAAAUUCAGAUGGCUCAGCAGUGACGGUAGGUCGAAAAGUCGGAUAGAUCGCUUCUUGGUGUCUAGAAAAAUUAUUAAUUGGUGGGGAGUAGUAGGGCAACAAAUUGGAGAUAGAGAUAUCUCCGACCAUUGUCCUAUUUGGAUUGUGGCGGAUAAAAUGGAUUGGGGUCCGAAACCGUUCAAAUUCAAUAAUGAAUGGUUUCAAUACAAGGAGUUUAUCGGAUUUGUAGAGAAAGAAUGGAACGGAUUGGAUUUGGAGGAAGGAGUCAAGGAGAUUAAUGCCAUUGAUAAUCAUCCUUUGGAUGAGGAGGUGGAGUCGGGGGAUAGAUGGAGGGCGAAUAGGAAGUUUUGGAUGAAUCUUAAAAUUAGGGAGAAUAUGUUGAUCCAAAAGGCGAGACUAAAGUGGUUAAAUGAUGGAGACGAUAAUAGUAGGUAUUUCCAUGCGAUAAUGAAGAGGGGUUUGAGGCGCAAUUUCCUAGGUCAUAUUUCCACGUCUAGAGGAAUUCUUAGUAAGGUGGAGGAGGUUAAGGAAGAGAUUUUUGAACACUUUGAGUCUAAAUUCAAGGAGAGCGAGGUGUCUAGACCGGUUUUGGAUGGAGAUAUUUUCAACAAGCUUAGCAUUGAAGAUAAGAAUAGUCUCGAAUUACCCUUUGAGGAAAGUGAAAUAAAAUAA